AUGGUUGCCACACGUAUACGGACGUGUGUUCUAAGCGGCGGUCCGCGGCGCACUACUGCCAGCCGCGAGCCGACACUCGCCCGGACCGAAUACAAGCUGAGGGGUUUCGUUCUGAAAUCUCAUUUCAAGAUACGUGAUGUGAAGCUAGUAGUGGUGGGUGACGGUGGUGUUGGUAAGAGCGCCAUCACCAUACAGUUCUUUCAGAAGCUCUUCGUCACCGACUAUGAUCCUACCAUAGAAGACUCCUACAUACAACACACUGAGGUCGACGGACAGUGGUGUAUACUUGAUGUACUGGACACGGCCGGCCAGGAGGAGUUCAGCGCCAUGAGGGAGCAGUACAUGAGGAAGGGGGACGGCUUCCUGCUGGUGUACUCCGUCACCGACCAGCAGAGCUUCCAGAACAUACGACACUUCCACACGCAGAUACUCAGAGUCAAGGACAGAGAGACGUACCCCAUGUUAGUAGCGGCCAACAAGGUGGACCUGGUGCACGCGCGGGCCGUGAGCGAGGAGGCGGGCCGGGAGCUGGCCCGCACGCUCGGGGCGCCCUACAUAGAGACCUCCGCCAAGGAGCCGCCGCUCAACGUGGACCGGGCCUUCCAUGAGCUGGUUCGUAUAAUCCGCAACCAUCCUCAGCGGGAGGAGAAGAGAGUCCGCGGGACCAAGUGCGGCCAGUGCUCGCUGCUACUGAUGACGUUUCUCUUCAACGCGAACAAGGAUCAAGCUCGGCGCCCACAUACAGUCUAUAGUCUAUACUCUAUAGUGUUACCAACAUUCAAGUUACUGUUGUAG